ACUGUAAUUGUGUGUCGUUGUCCCUUAGAACAGAAAACAACAAUCGACAGAGAACUUCUACAAUCUUCGAUAUCGUCAGCAGAUUUUUUUGGAAAGAAGUUGAGAGUUAACGUAUUUGAUGAUUUUCAUCCCGUCAACAUUUCCCCCACCCGAACCCCGUACGAUGUGACCGCUGGCCCCAUCAUGCAACUACCUCGACCCUUGAGAGGCGGAGUCCGCAAAGUCUUGGGUCUCCUCUGUUGCGUGGCCCUGGUCUACUUCAUGGUCCAGGCCCUGGCCAGCAGUGGGGAUGCGGAGAAGAGCGGCGCGCGCAUGGUCGCCUCCGAACUGAAGGCGGUGACCGGACCUGAUAAGAAGGUUUACGAGUAUGGACGCGAGAUGCCGCUCAUCUUCAUCGGGGGAGUGCCCAGGUCGGGUACAACGUUGAUGAGGGCCAUGCUGGACGCGCAUCCUGAUGUCAGAUGCGGUCAAGAAACCCGAGUAAUACCCCGCCUGCUCCAACUCCGCUUCCACUGGCUCAAGUCCGAAAAGGAGUCCAUGCGCCUGGAACAGGCCGGCAUCACCAACGACGUGCUCAACGCGGCCAUAGCCGCCUUCACCCUGGAAAUCAUCGCCAAGCACGGCGAACCAGCCCCCCGCCUCUGCAACAAGGACCCCCUCCUGAUCAAGAUGGGCAGCUACGUCAUCGACCUGUUUCCCAACGCCAAGUUCAUCUUCAUGGUGCGCGACGGCAGGGCCACCGCCCACUCGAUCAUCACCAGGAAGGUGACCAUCACCGGGUUCGACCUGACCAGUUAUAGACAGUGUUUGAAGAAGUGGAACAGUGCGGUGGAGGCGAUGAACACUCAGUGCAGGGACAUGGGGGCCGGCAAGUGCUUGAGGGUGCCCUACGAGCAGCUGGUGCUGCACCCCAAGGAGUGGAUGGGGAAGGUGUUGAAGUUCUUGGACAUUCCGUGGAACGAGUCGGUGCUGCAUCACGAGGAUUUUAUUAAUAACGGAAUCAGUUUGAGCAAAGUGGAGAGAUCCUCCGACCAAGUGAUCAAACCUGUCAACCUCGAGGCCUUGACCAAGUGGGUUGGCAACAUCCCUGACGACGUAGUCCGCGACAUGGCCGACAUAGCCCCCAUGCUCUCCGUGUUGGGCUACGACCCCUACGCCAAUCCCCCCAACUACGGCAAGCCCGACGCCCAAGUAGCCCUAAAAACGAAAGACAUCCAGAAGAACAAGGGUGUGUGGGACAAGAAAGCCAAAGAGAUGUUCAGCCUGGGCUGGGACAACGGAGGUGACACAGCCCUGGACAAAGACCCCAGUGACAACGCCAACUUGACGUGAUAAACGUGGUAUUUACGUUCGUUAGGUGUAUAAUAAAACUGUUUUCGAAUGUAAUUGGACCAUAUACUUAAAAACAGAUAUCAAUUUAUUUAUAAAGACUAUACAUACACAUCGGGACAGGUCAACUCUGUGUAUAGGAUUUUAACGUGUAAGACAGUGAUGUAGGCAGCUUAAUGGCAAAUCAAAUGUAUU